GCCAGGGGCCUUCCCUGGGGACACGGGUUGGGGGGAGAUUUCCGGAUGGGCUCCAGGGAGGGCGAGAAUUUGGUGUUGGGGGCGGCAGCCAGGCUGUCAGGCUGGGUGAGGGGUUUGUGCCAAGUUAAGUAUGAAUGAAGACCCCCGCGGACCCCUCCCCGCCCCGGCGGCCCAGGGUGCCCCCAGAGGGGCUUCCAAGUUUGUCAGACCCGAGGAGGAGUGCCCCAGCCCCGUGCGCCCUGGGGUCCCGCCUCUGGGCAGCCCCUGGCCGGUGUUGCUGGCCUGGAGGGGCCCCGUGGCUGGGAGCUGUGGCUCUCGGCCCGUGGGUGCUGGUGUGCGGGGCAGAUGCGGCCGAGCCGGCUGAGACUCCCCACUGCGGGGCCUGGCGUGGCGCUGGCCGGGGCUCCUGUGUGGGCUGCCGGCUUCUGCACACGCAUGUGCACACGCACACACACACACACUCACAACACCAGGCUCCCCCAGAGGGUGCCAGACCCUCAGUCCCAACUCAAACCCCCGACCACCCUGGAGGGAGAGAGCCGGUCCUUGGGGUUGGCACAGGGAACAGGAGGGCAGAGGGGUGGCUGUGUCCCCGGGGGUCCAGGAAGGGGCGAGACUGGGACCCCCACCGCUGCGUCUCCCACUGGGGAGACCCCGGGCUGGCGCUCCCGGAGCAGUGCUCUCUGGCCGGGGCCUCCCAGGCCGCCCGCGCCCCAGGCCGGGUGGCGAGUCCUGGGCUCUGAUCACAUUUGUUUUUUUCUAAGCUGUGGCUGGCUGAAGUGCCGUGCAGUUGAAGGUCCAUUUAAGCGACUACUUGCCUAAGCCCUUUUGUCAACAGAGCCUAAUCCCUCGCGGGGGGUGGGUGUCAGAGGGCCUGGUGCGGCUGGCCGGGGCUCUGCUGGCCACUGGGGCCGGACCCGGCGCUGCCUGGGAGGCUGGGCUGCCCCUCUGGGCUGGGUCAGGCGCUUUCCCUUCCUCGGGCCUGGUGGCACUGGGAGGAGAGUCGCCCCUGCUCCGCGGCCCUGCUGCCCGGGGCUGGCCUGGCUCCCGUGCCUGCUGGGGGCUCGAGGCCCGAGCCUGCGGGGUCCGAGGGUCUCAGAGCAUGCCAGGCCCUGUUGGCUGCUGGUGGUUGCUUUCCCCUGGGGGACCUGGUGGCCCGGAGCAAAGGCGUGGGCUCCCUGACCACUGUCCAGGGCGGCCCUAGGCCCAGGGGGAGCACGGAGCCCCGCGGGGGGCUUCUGGUAACAUCGGAGCCCUUGGGACCCAAAAUAGAGCGCAUUCCCCGGCCUCCCAAAAUAACAGGGUCACGUGGACCCACGGAGGCCGGGCUUGGAGCGCAGCUCGGGCUUGGCCAGGCAGCUCCCGGCCGCGGGGGGCCGUUGGGGUGUUUGUUUUGGUAGAAUCCGGGGUGGGGGGGACUGUGUGUGUUGACCUGAGAAAGUUUCGGGGUGAGAAUGACGGCCCUCAGACAGACGCCUGCCUGGCCGUGGCCGUGGCUGUGGCCGUGGCCACCACCUUGUCGGGCAUGCGACUCUGCAGCCGGCUGCUGCGCGUGGGCCCAGGCGUACAGCCCCGACCCCUCUGCCCAGAGGUGGGGGACAGGGGACCACCACCCCACCAGUCCCCCGCCUCCCGGUCUCAGGCUGCGGCGGCCCUGAGGCCUUCGGAGGUGUGGGUGCAGAGCGGAGCCAGCAGCACCAGUCACGUGGGCGGCAGCCGUGGCCGGGUCCGGCUCUGCCAGCACUUCCAGCUGUGCCUGUCUUUCAGGGCCGUCUGCUGCGCAGGCUGCGGCCCGUCCCCUCGGAGCCGGAGCCGGGGAGGCUUGGUUGCGGCAUGCCUGCCGUCUGCCCCGGGGCCGUGGUGUCGGGAGAGGGUGGCCGAGGCGGGGUGUGUGUGUGUGUGUGUGUGUGUGUGUGUAGGCGGGGUGGGGUCUUCAGUGUCCACCCAGGGCCAGCGAGCCCUGCCCGGGGGCUGCCUCCGCCCGUGACCUGGGUCUCGGCUCAGUUUGAAUGUCUCAGGGCUGGUGUCCUGAGUGCCGAGCGAGGCCUGGUCCUCUGGAAAGGAGGGGUCCUGUGCCCAGCUCAGCCGUCCCCGGAGACACGGGGCAGGGGCCUCCCAGCUGGCUCAGGGCCGGCCCGUCGCUGGGCCGGGGCCUUGCAAGCCGAGGCCUGCCCCUCCCGCGCUGGCCCGGUUUAUCUCCCCCAGCCUGGGGGAGUCCCAUUCGCUGGCUUAUUUGCACGGGGAUUGGCCGCAGGCCGGUGACUGGUGGGGGCCGCUGUCUGAUCGGGGGGGCACCCUGUCCACGGCCAGCAGCGUUUGUGGUCUCCGAGUGCCGUCCGUCUCUCACCUUCCCUUCCUCUCCGCCUCCCGUUCCCUCCUUUUCUGGGCCGCAGAGGGGACGGGACAGGGGCCCCCCAGAACAGUCAGGGGACAUCCCCGGGAAAGCCAGCCUUGCGUGGGCCCUGAAGGACAGGCACAGCUGGGAGCGCCACCCGGCCUUGGGCUCCUCCGGGCUUCUCUCGUGGGGAACAUCUCCCCCUCUUUGGAGCCGAGACCCACCGUCAGGUCCUCUCUGCCUGCAGCCUGGGUCCGGGCGGCGCCGGGUCUCCAGUGUCAGACCGAGCGAGACCCGCCGAUGUGGGCGAGCGUGCGAGCGUGGGGGAGCAGGUGGGAAAAGGGGGCCUCGGCGGGCACAGAGGUGGCCCUGGCACCGGCUCCACGCAGGGCCCUCCCUGGAGCCUGGGGAGGCGGUGAGCGGGAGACCGCGGCGCCCGCGAGCGCUCAGCAUGGCCGUGGUCUUGCCCCAGCGCCUCUCGGGCGGGCGGACUGACCCUGGAGUUGGGAGGCAACUGUGCAGCUCAGCGGCUGAGCGGGCAUGAAAUGGGGCAGAGCGCGGUGGAGUCCGACGUCUGGGCCGUGGCGGGGAGGGAAGCGGGCUGCAGGCCCUGCCCGCGUGCACGCACCCGUGUCCUGGGGGGUGCGCGGGUGGGAGGAGGAGGAGGCUCCCUGGCUCCCUCCUGGGAUCCCUGCUGCCCCGCGCGUUGCCGAUCGCUGCAUCCGGUGGGUGCCUCGUGGGACCCCGUGGUGGCCUCUCCGAGGGGCUGGCCUCCCAGAUGGGGUGGGGGUGGGGUGGGGGACGGUCUGUUGCCCUUUGCACCCGGCUGUUUUGCCCCUGGGCAGUGCCCUCUGCUGUUCCCGGCAGAUUGGUGCCCCAGGCCAGGGUCGGUGGGCCGGGCUUCCUGGGGCAGGGGCGCCCACCCCCCAGCUCCUGCUGCGCCCCCUCCCCGCUGUGGCAUCCUUGGGAGCCGCCCGCCCCCCAGUCCCCGUCAGGGUCUCGGCAUCCUGUUUGGUGACGCGGGCCGAGGGCCGCGGUCCGGCCGUCUCAGCCCUGUCCCCUGGCGCCGUACUCAUGGCCUCUGCUGUCAAAGGCCCUCGCCCCCACCGGGGUCCCUGUUGGCUGGAGAAGGCUGCAGGGAGCCGGCCGGGGGACUGGGAGGGUUUGGCCACACGAGGUCCCCAGGGCGGGGACUCUGUCGUCUCUGGGCCCCCGUCCUCAGCACGCAUGUGCACGUGGACGGCCACGCUGCACAGUCCCCGUGCGCCCUUCCUGCGCCUGUCUUCCGCUUGCAGGCGCCUGCCAGCUGGGCCCUGCCACCCGGGGGCAGGGAGGAGCGUGGUCUCGGGUGGGCGCCCGGUGCCAGGACAGCCAGAGGCCUGGCGGUGGUCUGGAGGGGCGGGGACGUGUGAGGAGGUGAGGCCGGGAGGGGCCUCCGGAGACUGGGGCGUGGUGGCAUUCCCGGCUGGAGUUAGGCUCCCGGGUGCCGAGGGUGAGGGCUGCUUCCAGGGGGUCCUCGGGACCCUCAGGAGCGGCAGCAGCCUGGGCUGGGGGCUCCAGUGGUUUCCUGGGGGUCCCCCGGCUCCUCUGCCUGCGCCCUCCCAGGCACACCUCCCUGCGGUCCCGCCCCUUCUGACCUUUGCUCCUUAGGUCUGUCCUGGGGUGAGGGGCCCCCCUCCCCCACCGCUAACCGAGCCUGCUCAAGGCCUGGAGCGCUCCGAGCUGGGUGGCAGGACAGGUGCGGUCCCGGGGGCCAGGAGGGCCAAGCCCAGGCCCAGGACCCUGGAUGGCAGGGCCCCAGAGGGCCGUGCUGGGGCUGGACCUCGGGGCCGGGCGUUGUGGGGUCUCCCUGCCCCAGACCGCAUGGCCUCUGGGGGAGGGCGCACAGGGAACCUGGCCUGAGGGCCUGACAGUGUUUCCCACUGGGCCUCAGUUUCCCCAGGGCACGGGCUCAGGCUGGGGAGGGGAGGGGCGGGGGAGCUGGGCCCGGGCCAGGCCGUGUGAAAUCCUCCAGUGCGUGGAUAAGCCCCGUGGAGUUCAAAGCCGCCGGGUUUGGAGCCCGGCUGUAAUGAGGUUACUGAUUCAACAGGCUUCCUGGUGCUGCCGCCCAGAACCCAGGGCGGCUGCGAAGCCCCAGGGAGGGAGCUAAGUGUCCCGUAAUUGACCAAUUUAGCUUAAGUGUCCGAACUGGCCCGGGGCAGAGGUCAGGCGGUGACAGCCAGGUGCGCGGGGAGGCCUCCCAGGCGCCCUGUCCAGACCCCUUCCGAGCACCCCCCGGGGGGAGCUCCCUCUGCCCCCGGCCUCCGGCCAGAGCCCCCCGGGGGUCCUUGUGCCCACCCUUCUGUGCACCGAGAGGGUGCCGGGUGGUGCUGUGGUGUGGGACCGCGUGCCCGCUGCCGGGCUCAGGCCCCACUGUCAGCUCUGCUGGCCUCGCGUGUGUUCACACAGGGGCCGGGGGAGGGGGCUGUCCCCUGGGGUGCGCCCGGUGCCCUGCAGCGCCCAGCCUGGCGCCCGAGGCCCUGCCUGGCGGUUCACCCUGUUGAGCUGCGCGCCCUCCUCCCCACACCGUGGUCACUGACGGUGGCUGGAGCCGGGGCCAUGUGAGCCUGAGGAUGGGGGGCUGGGCAGAGGCAGUUCUGGGCUCCAGAGGCAAACUCUGGGGUCCGUGGGUGCACGACCCCUGACCCCCAUGGCUCAGAGUAGCUCAGGCCGCCCCGCCCCCCAGGCCUGCCCUUCCGAGGCCGUGCAGGGGUGCAGCCCAGGCUCUCCGACCGGCUUGCCGUGUGGCCCUGGCUGGGUCCCCUCCCCUCGCUGGCCUCGGCUUCUCUGGGGCCCGCUGGCACCCCGAGGCCACCCCCUUCCCCUGCUGCCACUUGGCGUGGUGCUGAGGGGCUGGUGUCUGGCUGGCGGGGCCACGGCCGGGCACAGGCUCUGCCCUCCUCCCACCCCCGCCGCCCCCGGCUGUGGGAGCAGAAAGUGGGUGGGGGGAGGGCCAGAGUCCGGGGGGGCCGGGGCGGGCGUGUGGUCAGCCCAGCCACGUGGACUGGGAGCGCUGGAACAGACACUUAGUGGCCUUAACAGUGGAGGGGCGGUGGGGGCAGCUCCGUGCCCGCCCCGCCGAGGCCAGGCCACCCCCUCCUCUCCCUGGGCGCCGACCUCUGCUGCCCGGGGUCCUGCACAACCCCCGCCCGGCCCCCCGCCCAGCGUCAGGCGGCCUCCUCACUGCCCGGGCUUGCUCCGGCCUGCAGAGCGUGGGAAGUCCUGGGAGCUUCGCAGAGGAGAUGGUGUUGUGCGUGGGUUUUGAGGGGGGCGUAGGAGUUGUUGAGUGUUGGGAAGUUGUGUUGUUGGGAAGGGAACCGAGGUACAAGGCAGGGGGCCGGGUGGACCUAUUCCAGGGAGGUCUGGCCCCAGCCGUGGGUACAGGGUCUUCCUUGGAAGGUGUCGGGGGUCUGCUCUGAUGGGGUGUGAGUGUCUGGGUGGGGGACCGCGUCGCCUGGGCGUGGUCAGCGGUGUGGGACGGGUGGGCCCUGUGAGGGGCAGAGGCCGGGAGCAUGCUUGGCCUCCACCUGGCCAUGCCCAGCCUGGCUGCUCCCCGGGCCGUCCCCUGUGGCCUGGCUGGUGUCCCUCCUCCUUCCCCGGGCACCAGAGGCCCUGGCCUGGAGUAUGGCCCACGCCGUCAGCCUUGGGGCACCGGCUCACGGGGUGAGUGGCCCUUAUGGGGGGGUCCCUCCUCUGCCCACGUGCCCGUCCCUGCCUCCCCUGCCGCGGGCCGGGCUGGGUGUUGUCUGCCGGAAGCCGCUGCCUGAGUGCUGAGUGGGACCAGAGUCCACGGGAGGCGGCGCUGCCCCCACCCCACCCCACCCCUGCUCCCGGACUUUCAGCCCAAGAUCAAGGUCGAGGAGAGGGCGGGGCGGCGGGCGCCUCUGUCAUUGGGUGCCAGGCCUCCGUGGGCGAGGCCGGGGCGGGGGAGCUGGCCCGCCUCUUCUCCCUUCUCUGUCACUCUGGGCCAAAGGUCAGGGCACCAGCGUGCCGGCCCGGUGGGGUCCGCCGUCUUGCACGGCUGGCACCCCGGAGCCUCGCGCUGGGCAGGCCCAGCGGCGGUGGUCUCCGCGCCCGUGCUGGACGCCAGGCCCAGGGCAGUGGGCUGCCGGCUCCCGACGGACGCCGAGCCUUGGAGCACCCGCUUCUGCCUCUCACUACUCAACGUCAGGUUCCACGUUGGUGAAGCGGAAGGAAGGGGCAAGGCGGCAGUGGGAAGGCAGCCCCGAGACCCCCGAGACCCCCAGUCCUGCCCCACCCGCCCCAGCUGGCUCCUGGCGCCCGUCGUCCGUGGGAUUGGCUCGUAGGGUGCCGCACCAUGCCCGUGGCGUCUGCUCGGCGAAUCGGUGCUCCCCAGGGCUCAGGCUGGGUGGGAUGAGCCCGUCCCUCGCUGAAGUGGGUUAAGUCACCCACAUGAGCCACCCUGCUCCUGUGGGGUCUGUGCGACCCCCGGACGGGGAACUCCUAGGCUGGCCUGGGGCCCUCGGCGCGCGCCGAGCUCUGGACAGAGCACAGGUUCCCAGAUGCAGAGGGAGGGGCCCCUGCCCCCGCCCCCCGCUGUGGGCCCUGGCUCCUUCCUGUGCUGCCCGGGGCCGGGGUCGGGGCAUAGCUCCCACCUGCUGCUCUCUGUCCAUCUGUCUGUCCACAUCUGGUUCCUGCUGGCCUGGGGAGGCCGGGUGGAACCAGGCGCAGCCCUCGAGGGGGUGAGGCCAGGGUGGGCGCUUCCCUGUGUGGGCUUGGACCAGGUUUCUCGUGACCCCCUGGACCCCGACUUCUCAUCUGGGAAGUGGGACUGUCGUCAGUCUCCAACAGGGCGGUGGGCGGAGGGGGGUGGGGGGGCUGGGCUGGCCGUGGCGCGUGGGGGCUGGGCCUUGUGUGUGGGUCACGAGGGUCGCCCAGGAGGUUGCCCCGCCCCGCACGGUGUGUGACAGCGGCGCACCCCGCGGUAGCACUGGGGUGCAGAACUGGAACCCAGGAGAGACGACCCAGGUGGGCUUUGGUUAGCUGCUCAGCUGCUGGCCACUCCUCGAGGUGCCUGGGAGACAGAGGUAGGGGCCGUGCUCCAGGAGGCCCCUCGUCCACAGCUGCUGGGGGGCGGGGCGCAGGCAGGGCCCGCCUUCCCAGGCUCACGGGGGAGACGGGCGGUCGGCAGCAGCCAGUGAGGGAUCUGGGUCGGGGUGCAGGCCAGGGCUGCGGGAGGAGCGCCCCCUUGCCCGAGGUGCUGCCGGCCAGCAGGGAAGCAGGAGAGAGGCCAGGGGGUGGGGUCAGACUCCAGGGCCCUGGCCGUCCUGCCCCGAGGGGGACAGAGCGGAGGUGCCGGCUCCUGGGCCCUGAGGGCGGCGUCUGAGCUGAGCUGGGUGGAGGCUCUGCUGCUGGGGGGGGCGGGAUACGAGACCUCGAGCCCUGGGGACAGGCUGGGCUGUACUGGGGAGGCACUGGGAACUUGGCGUGGGCGUGGACCUGCUGCCCGGCCUGUGUGUGGGGGCGGCCGGGGCCAGGUGGUCCUGGGGCGGCUGGGGUGGGGUGUUCCUGUGAAAGGCACCUGCCCAGCUCUCUGCGCGCUCUGGGGUGGGGGGCAGUCCUAGAGCUGGCUUCUGGUUCGUUCGUUCUUUCGUUCUUUCUUUCUUUCUUUCUUUCUUUCUUUCUUUCUCUUGAUUUAUUUAUUUAUUUAUUUAUUUGAAAGAGUUACAGAGAGGCAGAGAGAGAGAGAGGUCUUUCACCCGCUGGUUCACUCCCCAAGUGGCCACACGGCCGGAGCUGCGCCGAUCUGGGUCUCCCACGCGGGUGCAGGGCCCAAGGACUUGGUCCAUCCUCCACUGCUUUCCCAGGCCACAGCAGAGAGCUGGGUGGGAAGUGGAGCAGCCAAGUCUCAUACCGGCGCCCGUGUGGGUGCCAGCACUGUAGGCGGUGGUUUUACCCGCUGUGCCACAGCGCCAGCCCCCAGCCGCCCCCUCUCAUUUCCCAGGCACUGCCCUCCGCCCUCGCGGCUCCCGGGCUGCAGAGAGCGUGGACGCCCAGCGUCGGGCCCACGAAGCCGGCAGCAGGGAGGGGUCAGGUGGGCACGCCGGUCCUGGUUGAGCUGGUGAGGGACUCGUCAGCCGCCCCUGUGUGGCUGGAGGCGCCGGGUGGCGAGUGGCAUGUCCUGGAUCCCUGCCAGCAGCUGAGCCUGCCGGGGAGGGGGCUCCUGUGGCUGGGGGGUGGGGGCCUCCCUGUUGCAGCCUCCGUGGGGCGGCUGCGCAGUGUCCAGCAGGCAGGGCUGUCAGGGCCUCGGCCGGCCGGCGUCGUCCCCAGGCCUCCCUCGGGCAGGGUGUGGGCCCGUCCUGGCGACUCAGGCCGGCUCCGGGGCCGCGCACGCGUGCUCAGGUGGCCUCUUCCAGGUCACGGGCGAGGCCGAGGUCCCCGUACCUAUGCGGCCGCCCUGCCCGCACUGGAUCCCAGGACCGUGUCCGUGCUGGGCACCGCUGGAGGGGAGGAGCGGACGGCUCCCUCCCUCAGGUGUCCCUGGCCGCCUUUCCCAGAACGGGCGAUUGUUGGCGGCACCCUUGUGCACCAGGGAUUUGGUGCUUGGUGUCGGCCCACACCAGCAGGGACCCGGCUGGCCCACCAGCGCCUGGCGUCUGAGUCACUUGCCUGGGGUUGGCCACUGGCCCUGAGCCCCAACGCCCCAGCGCCCGUCUUGUCCAGCUCUGAGCGGCCCCCUCUGCGCCCCCCACCCCCGCCGGGCCCUCUGGCCGCACCGUCUUCCCCAGACCCCACUCGGGCACCUGCAUCAAAGCCGGGGGCGGGCUCCCUGCAGUGGGUAGGGCUCUGAGCCCGGGUACACGUGGGAGCCCGUGUGCACCAGUGUCCACGUGUGAGCCCAUGGCCCGCCACCCUGCGCCGUCAAGUCAGAGCUUGCGCCCGGCUCCUCCGUCAGCCGAGGGCCCUGGGGGUUGGUGUCCUGGCCGAGGGGACAGUGUGGGCGCGCGGGCAGGCCCAGCCCCGUGGGUGUUGGGGGGAGGGGCCGGGGGAGCUGGGGUUUUCCCCCCAGUGGGGACGGCUGGGUCAGGCUGAUGACGCCAUUCCCCAGGGUGGGAGGGGGUGAGGAGCUCCUGAAGUUGACCCCAGGCCACGGCCACGGGGACUUGCACGUGGACCGCAUCCCACUGCCGUGGCCCAGACUAAGGCAGGCAUCACUAGUCGUCUGUCGCACACAGAUUCUCCCCCGGCAGGUGCCCAGGGCCCAGCCCCCGACGUGGUGCAGCCUGGGUGUGGCCCUGCCCGGCCGCCUGGCCGCUGUGUCUGCCGUGGAGUUGUGUCCCGGGAGGUCAGGCGUGUCUGCCGUGGAGUUGUGUCCCGGGAGGUCAGGCGUGUCUGCCGUGGAGUUGUGUCCCGGGAGGUCAGGCGUGUCUGCCGUGGAGUUGUGUCCCGGGAGAUCAGGCGUGUCUGCCGUGGAGUUGUGUCCCGGGGAGGUCAGGCGUGUCUGCCGUGGAGUUGUGUCCCAGGAGGUCAGGCGUGUCUGCCGUGGAGUUGUGUCCCGGGAGAUCAGGCGUGUCUGCCGUGGAGUUGUGUCCCAGGAGGUCAGGCGUGUCUGCCGUGGAGUUGUGUCCCGGGGAGGUCAGGCCGUGUCUGCCGUGGAGUUGUGUCCCGGGAGGUCAGGCGUGUCUGCCGUGGAGUUGUGUCCCGGGAGGUCAGGCGUGUCUGCCGUGGAGUUGUGUCCCGGGGAGGUCAGGCGUGUCUGCCGUGGAGUUGUGUCCCGGGAGAUCAGGCGUGUCUGCCGUGGAGUUGUGUCCCGGGAGGUCAGGCGUGUCUGCCGUGGAGUUGUGUCCCGGGGAGGUCAGGCCGUGUCUGCCGUGGAGUUGUGUCCCGGGAGGUCAGGCCGUGUCUGCCGUGGAGUUGUGUCCCGGGAGGUCAGGCGUGUCUGCCGUGGAGUUGUGUCCCGGGAGGUCAGGCGUGUCUGCCGUGGAGUUGUGUCCCGGGAGGUCAGGCGUGUCUGCCGUGGAGUUGUGUCCCGGGGAGGUCAGGCGUGUCUGCCGUGGAGUUGUGUCCCGGGGAGGUCAGGCGUGUCUGCCGUGGAGUUGUGUCCCGGGGAGGUCAGGCCGGGCUGGGCCCCGAGCCGGGCCGUCACGCACACGUUAGCGCGAAUGGGCUGCAGCAGACCCCGGAGCGGCCGAGCAGGAAGGGACAGGAAGGAAGGCUUCCUGCCAUUGUGUGGACGAGGAAGUCGUGGACUGGGCGGCGUGGCCGGCCGCCUCGCGCUUGUCUCCUGACCGCCCACGGGAAGGCUCUGUGCUGCCCGCUCCCCACGCUCCCCACAGUGGGCCCUGCACCCCCGGCGUGACCACAGGGCCGAGGGCAGCGGGGGCAGGGUCUGUGCCCCCCCAGGUUGGUGUCGGGGUGGGCGGGGCACAACCUCGUGGCAGGGGCGGGGCCUGGAGCGGAGCCCGCCCUGUGUUUCCUACACACACACCCAGUGCUGGCUGGAGCCAUUUUAUUUCUGUUUCCUAUUUUUACUUCCCUGUUGGCUCUUUUUAGCAACUCCAAGUGAGAGAGGGCCCCGCCCACGGGGCUCCACCCGGCUUCCUGGCCCCGCCGGGCCUGGAGGAGGCUGGCGUGGGUGACCUGGGGUGGGGCGGGGGAGCGGGAUCCCAGCGCACACCUGGGCUGAGCUCCCCGCUCGCUCCCCGUCCUGUCCUCAGGCCCGGCCGAGCCGUGGUCCCUGCGCUCCCAGCUGGAGGGCGAGGGCUGGGGGGUGCCCUGGGGGGCAGCAGUGGACUUCGUGCGCUGUCUGCUCUGGCCUGGCCGCCCGUGGUGCGGGCCCCGCCCCUGUCGGGUCCCUGGUGCCGUGGGGUUUGAGAUGCCCCCUCUGGUGGGCGCUGUUGGGGGGCGUCUCCCUCAGGGCCUGGGGGCUGAGCUGAUCCGCACCUGCCUGUCGGGGCACAGUCAGGCCCAGCCGGUGGGCGGAGUCAGGGUGCUGGACAAGGCCCCCGGCCCAGCGGGGCUCCCAGGCCCGAGCGGGGUGGGGGGUGGGAGAGGGCGCUGGGGUCCCGCUGCGCUGCCCCCUCCCAUCCCCGCAGGCCCCCUGGGCUUCCCGCAGGGCUGGGGCCCGGAGCCGAUACUGGCAGCCCCUGCAGUGCCCAGCUGGGCCCUCCCUCCCUGGCUGGUGUCCUCCGUCCCAUCCGAUGUCGGAGGUGUGGCCAUCGGGGGUGCCGCCAUGGCGGCCAAGCCCUUGGGUCGGGGGCGUGUCCUCAGCCGAGGCCCCUGCAGACUGGGAGGUGAGGAGGGGGCUCCUCUGCCCCCCCCCCCCCCCGCGCCGUGUGGCCCAGGCCUUGUUGUGCUCCUCUGUGAAGUGGGUGACGGUGUCCCGGGAAGGUUUACCAAGCCAGGGCCUCCCCUUGGGCUCCUGGCGGGGAGGAGCCGGGGCCGGGGCUGUGCGGAGGUGUGGGGGCUGUGCCCCUGGAGGGGCGCGUUGCCCUGGGGGGGCUGGUUUCAGGGGCAGUUGCUUGCAGGACCGUCCAGGGGCCCAGCAGUUCCUCCAGACUGAUGGGCGGCUCCCAGGCCUGGGGCCCUGUCUUGGACAUUCCCCUGCCCCACACGUGGCCUGGAGAUGCCGCUGCCCUGGGGUGCCGCACAGAGCUGGUCACAGUGGGGGUGGGAUAAGGCCCCCCUCCCGCCCUCCAACACGCAGCCGUGCUGGACCCCUGGGGCCCAGCAAGGUGGUCAUGCCUCCUCCAGCUCUCCAGGAGGGCCUGGCCACACCCAGCCCAGGGUGCCUGGUGGCCGCGUCCUUGUCAGAUCUGUCCCAGUCCCGGGGCAGGGGGAUGUCAGGGGGCUGUGUGUGCAGCCUGCAGCCCCCAUAGCCCC